UGGAGCUUUACCGACGGCAGUAAUGUUUAUCUCCAAACCUUAUAUUUCAUCGGCGACAAUUGCCGUCAUGCAGUGUCGUCAUUUAAAUUCGAGCCCUGUAUUCAUACUGUAUACAUGUAUGCAUAUACAUGUUAUCUUUUUCUUUGCAGAUUUUUCCAAAAGUGAGGUGGAGGAAGUUACAAUAUUUAAAACAUGAUAAAGAGAAAAGCAAAAUGUAUUCCUGUAUUCAAUAUUUUUAACAAACUCAAAUAUUGACAAGCGCCAUGCCUCGUCCACCAAGAAACCGGAAUUAUAGUCCAAUGGAACAGCCAUUACAGGUGGCAGCUGCUUCAGCUGUCAGUAAAGCUCAACACAGAGACCAGCUUUUCCAACACAUGCAAGAUAUUUUUAAGGAUCAGAUUGAGGCAGAUGUCAUCCACAUGGUGCUGGCUGAAUGUAAAUGGGAAGAGGGACAAAGUAUGGAUAUGCUUCUCUCAUUAUGCCAUGACUGUGCUCCUCAAGGAAGGGAGACAACUCGACCCGAUUUAGCCCUGAUCGCUUGUAGUCUCAUAGAUGAAAACAAGGAUUCUCCAGUACUCGGUGAUCUGGAGAUUGCGGGAGCUGGUUUGAGUGCAAGCGUCCAUGAAUCCAUGAAUAUAACUGCUAAUAAACAAGAUCUUAAAAUAGAAAUGACUAAGAGUCGAAGCUAUGCAAAUAUUUCUCCAGAUAAUAAUAAAAUAAACACAGACUCUCCCACUGAUGAUAUAAGCUUGGAUUUUAUAAAUCCAUAUCUUAAUGCGGACGUCAAAGACAUCACAUUGCAGUCUUACAUGUCAGUGUAUUUAAAUGCAGACAGUGUCUGUCCUAGUGUGCCUUUUUCCUCGCCAGACAUGUCUGUUUCAAAGGAUGAAGAUAAUACAAGCUGUGUUUCCGAGCCAUUGUUGACGGACAGUAUUUGUGUUAAUGAUAACAGCACUGAUUGUACUGCAGACACAGAUAGUAGAAAUGUGUUUGUACACACAGCUGUUGAUGUCAUUGACCGAGAACUGAUCACAGGUGGUGGGAAUUGCAGCAGGUGUGUCUCCGAUAAAACCAGUACAGACAUGUUUUCUCUCGAUUGCCACUGCAGGGGUGAUACUGUGUCUGGGCUGGAUAAAGCUGCAGUGCACUGUGCUGAAACAAACAGUUGUAAUUCUCGUUCAGAAAACUCAAAAGGAAAUAUAACUUUUUCUGCUUGUGGGGAAAAACAAGAAAUUUGUUCAUCUACUUUUAUGUAUACAUCAGUGAGUGAAACUUCGGAAUCCUUGGUGGGGAAGUGCACAAAACCGGAUGUUGGUUCGUCAGUAUUCAUAGCAGAUCCAAGGACAGAUUCACAUUUAUGUUCUUUGGAAACCAAAGUCAUGGAAAAAAAUACAUGUGCCUGUAGUGCCCACAUAAACUCUGAUCACAUUAACUGUGAUGAAGAUAGUAAACUUUGUGAAAGUGGGGAACAGUCAUGUUUAUCUAGCAUGAAAGAAACCAUUUCUGGAAGUCCUGCAGAUGUCGGUAGUGUCCGUGAUAACCCUGAAUGCGAACAGUGUUCCGAAAAAGGCAGCAAUAUUUCUCUCGCUCAUCUCUCACCAAAGGCACCUGAAUUUAUUCCACGUUUUGCCAAACCAUCAUCACAGACGUAUUGUCCUUCAGAAGGCAGCCCCAUGUUUCUAACCCCAAAAGGACCACAGCAUCGCCCUUGGAGAAUGGUCACACCAACGUAUCCUUCACAACAGUCUGGCUUUUCACACUCCGGGUACAGGCUGCCCUUACGACAGUUCAUGCUCAGACCGAUUCCAGUUAAUGGUUUUUCAUCACAGUCAGGUGCUGAACUUGGUGGUCUAUCGAGGGGUGCUUUCAUUUCUUCUGGGACCAGUUCUGGUGCGUAUGCCACUACAUGUUCAUGUACCACCACUAUCACUACUACCAGUCAGGCUCUCUACUCUCAUGCCGCUAUGAAUAAUGGCAGUGAGCCAGUUCUGACAUCUCGGGUAGUCGAGUCGAAGGAAUCGUUGGCUACUUUCUACACGCCUGAUGAGAUAGCCUGGGUAAAAAGGAAGUACCUUGACCGUGGUCAGUUGUUGAUGAUCAUAUUAAGAGGUCUGCCUGGCAGUGGAAAGUCCACUCUGGCCAGGGAACUGAAAUUUGAUGGUGCUGUGCUCAAUACUGAUGAAUACUUCAUGAAGCAUGGAGUUUAUAAAUAUGACAUUAACAUGCUGUCUGAUGCUCACGACUGGAACAAAACAAGAGCAAUAAAAGCUAUGCAAAAGAAGAUCAACCCCUUGAUAAUUGACAACACAAAUCUGCAGAUGUGGGAAAUGAUACCAUAUGUUAAACUGGCUCUGGCAUACAAGUAUAUGAUAGAAAUUGUUGAACCUAGCACUCCAUGGAAGGAAAGACCUGCAGAACUAGCCAAGAAGAAUUCCCAUAGUGUUCCAAAGGACUCCAUUAAAAAGAUGAAGCAGAGAUACGAACGAGACAUCACUGUGAAGAAGAUUAUUGCAAGCGUGAAAGCUGCCGAUGUAAAAGAAAAGCAAAAAGCAACAGAAAAUGUAGGUUCACAAAAUCUAAAAAACAACGAUUGUUCAUUUCCGUGUCAAAAAUCAUCUAAAGCGCCACAUUACCCAUCACCUCCUACUGUAAAUCCACAGACGAUGUUUUCUUCUUAUACUACCCUGCUGAAGUCUCGGAAUAAAGGUAAAGAGAAUUUGAGUACCAAAGUCAAAGAAACUUCAGGAUCUAACAAUAAAACCAAACCAAAGCAAAAACGAUCCAAAGUGAUUCCCAGUCUGAGAGAUUUUCAGUCUGUAUCUGAGAAGGAGAUGACAGAUGUCGAUGGUAAGGACCGUGAAGCUGUGGCCAAAGAAAAUGCAUCGAUUGUCCAUAAUGAAAAAGAUUUUGCCAGUGGUUUAGAAAAUCCAAAUAUUGGUCCAGAUGAGGAUUAUUCAUCUGUCUGUAAGAAACCAAACUUUGGCCACAGUCAAAAGGAUUGUGUGAUCAGUACACUGGAGGAUCUGUUAAGUCAGGGUGACAUCCAAAACAUGACCAAGGAGGACUGGCAACGAAGGAAAGAUGAACUGGAGGUGCUCCUGCAGCUCAGUCCAGUUGACCCAACAGAGAAGAAAGAAAUCUUGAGAUGGUUAGAGUAUAGGAUGAAACGGAUGAGAGGGUUGAGUGAUUCAUCAGAAAGUGAAGCAAGUACAAGUCAUUUGAUUUGUAACAACAGUUCAUCUAAAGUCCAGGAAAUAAAGUCCUUAAGAGCUGAAGAUGAUGAUGAUGAUGAUGAUGAUUCAGCUGUUUCUGAGCCUUCAGUAACUGAAGAUUAUAAAUCCACAUUUCAAAAGUUUCAGAUGGAAGAUAACUUUUUAAAUGUCAAUAGUAAUAUUACUAAUCAAAAUAAUAUUACUCCAUUGAAUAUAUUUGGCAUGAACAAUGCAGCAGAAGAAGACAAUGAAUUUAUAAGCAGAACGGCAUAUAAUGACAAACCGACUCUGGAGUCUUUUACUGAUGAUGCUUUUCUAUCAUUUGUCAAAGAUACUACAGUAGAUGUGAUUAACACAGAUACUGGUCAGUAUUCACUGAAUAUUGAAAAUAGUACAAAAACUAAUUCAAAGACAAAUCUGUCACAAAUUAACCUAAAUUCGGAUAUCAAUGAUGUGAAAACGACCAAACAGAAAGAUAUAAAACCACCACUUCUAGAUGUGUCGUCCUUCAGGGAUUUUUCAGAAAAUAAGGAAUCGAUGCUUGCAAAAAAACAAGAAGUGAGCGACAAGGGAAUUCACUUGAUAGGUUCGACCCCCGUUAAGAUGGUUGAUUAUGAGUGUUGCAGCUUAAGUGAAAGUGAUACUAACUUAAACAUUCCCUGUUCGGAGGCUGAUACGGAGAAAACCUGGAGUGACACACAAAGUAGUCCUGUGAUCAAGGAAUGCUCUUCAGUAUGGGAUGACGACAGUGGUGUAAAUUCUUCUAAACCAAAACGAGAACCAAGGAAGAAAAAUUAUCAGGUUGUAGACAAGCAUUUAGUUAAGAAUAAUGAAACUUGUCAAUUAAAUUUUAACAGUGAAAUUUCUACGGUUCCUAAAUUUGAAAAUGAAUAUUGGUCCAGUAAUGUGAAAAAUGUUGUUUCUGAAAAGUGCAGCAUUUCCGAUGAAGAAAUUACUGAUUGGAACUUGGAUGGGCAGAAACCAAAACCACAACGAGAGAGAAAAUAUUCUGAAAGACACAGUCAGUCAUCGGAUAAUACAAGUCAGGAGACAUUUAAUACUGGCAGCACAGAAGAACAGACUGAAGAAGAACCCAGCAUUGAACAGCAAAAUAUUCAGUCUGAUGAUAACAUUAAGACAGAAAUUGAUGUGGAAGAUUCAUGUGAUGAUGUUGGUCAACCGGCUGCUGCUGAUAGUUUUAAUGUGAUGGGUGUUCAGGUAAAUAGCACCGACACUGAAAAGUUUAUGUAUAAUUUUGAACCUGAUCAAGUUGAGGAAAGUUAUAAAAAUGGAAGUGAAAGACCAGUCUUUGGUGAUCAGGAACAUGUUUUUGAAAGUUUGGAUAGUUGCAAACAGAGUACUGAAACUUUACACACCUCUACCAGUGUUCGUGACUUCAGGCAAGGGACUGAUGCAAGUUCUCAACAAGAGUCUGCCAGUUCAAAUGAAAAACUGACGAAUAGUAGUAAAGCAGAAACUCAGAAUGAUGAGACCUCUGAUAUAAAUGAUGACACUAUCACUUCAGGUACAGAGUUGUUGAAUGCUGCUACACAAGAAACCACAGCUUUAGGUCCUGCAGGAAAAAUGCCUAAAAGAUCGAAACCUAAACACAAAUUGACUCUUUUCCUUAAUAGUUCUUCAAAGCAGAAAUAUGAAACUUCACCCUGGAGCACAUUUGAUCCCGUUCAGAAUGUGUGUUCAAAUGUUACGCACACUGAAGUCAAAGCGAAUAAAAAGGUGAGCAGCAGAACUCACUGGACUUUGACCACGGCAAAAGACUUCAAUGUUCUGGAUGGUCUAAACCGUGGCUGUAAUGUAAGCAACAUUAAGAAUGCAGACCAGUAUACCAUUCUGCUUGGCAAGGACAGAAGCUUGAAUCAAAAUGUUCCAAUGAAAUCAAAAGAUACCAAUGACUGUGUUUCUGAGAAGCUACAUGUGGACAAAAGUACCAUGACCGAUGAUGGCCAGAACAGCCUGGAGUCGGACAUAGAGUUUCUGAAACAUUCUUUCCCAGACAUGAGUGAAAACCAACUGUGGGAGGUCAUGGCCAUGUGUCAGAACGAUGUGGAGUGGUCACUGAACCUGCUGUUGGACUGGGGUGUGCACGUUCCUCUGACUCCAGUAGACAAACGGGAGAUUGCAGAGGAGAUGUUCAAACUGAAGCAGAAUGUCUCCCUGGAAAAAGCGGGUCCACAGCCGUCAGUUUUGUCUCACGAUCAUCCUCCAGUAUCUCCGCUAUCACUGUUUGAUCUCUGCAGUAAGUUGGUGUGCUCUAAAAAUCUGGCCACUCUGGAGGAAGUGCAGCGGUGUCUGAUCAAAGAUGGCCGCAGGCGACUCGAGAGGAUGGAGAGCUAUGGCAUGGAGCGAAUGCUGAGCGUUAGUCAUGACGGACCAUCAAGUGAAGUGGAUGAUUUUCAGGAUCUCCACAUUCAGUCUGCUGCUUCCAGUGGAAGCCUAAGUAGCAGUAGUUCUUCUUCAGACAUGGUGGCAGACGUUGCUGCUCCAGAAACCAUGCUAUCUGGAGGAGUGGAGGAGGAGGAGAGUGCUGUGUCUGGUGUGGAGCUGGAGUCGGGACAAGCAAAGUCUUCUGACAAGGAUGGCUGCAUUGUUGUUCCAGUUGAUGGAAACCUGGUCCAAGUGCUGGAGAGUUUGUUUGGUCUUGCAGAGUGUAGACGAGGAGCUGAUGAUGAGUUUGAGGUGUCACUGGAUCUCCACACUGCCAAGUUAAUCCACAGUCGUUUACGAAGGAAGAGGCACAGCAAGAGUGUUCUUAAACAACUGAAGGAAGAUGAAGCACUGGCAAGACGUCUACAGCAGGAGGAAAAGUUUGGCUGUGUGAAUCAACAUUUCCCAAUAUCGGGACUGGUCAUUGAUGUGGAGCCACUCCAUGAAAGGGGAGGAGUCAGCACUGUCCAUCACAGCAAGAAGGAGGAGCCUGUGAAAUUGAAAGACAUAAUGAAGGAGGAGAAAGAUAAACACAUAUUAAGGAUAGAACAGACUACAAAUGAAAGAAACUACAGAUAUUUUAAGCAAAGAAUUCUGGAAGAAUCUGGGGAGCACAUUGCCAUAGCGACAAAAUUAAAGAGGCAGAAGCUCUACAGUAUAUUUCCUGGAGUGGAUGAGAACUUCUUAGAAGAGAUAUUCCAAGCCAAUGGUUUUAGCUUAGAAGACACAGUUUAUGUGAUUCAGAAUUGUCUCGGUGCCAAAGAAAAGGUAAAAUAUGUGAUGACUGAAGAUGCUAUGGCCGAGUUUGAUGAGAAGGUGCUGCAACAGACAAAACAGCUUAGCAUGCAAACUCUGAUGGACAGUUCCUCGAAGACUCCAUCAAAAGAUUUCCAAGAUGUCCCUGGUGAAACAGACCCCUUGCCGUCGUACUCAGAACUGCGGGCCGAGGGCACCCUGCACUAUCAGCUGAGAAACGAUUGCUUCCGGAAAGCCCAGCAUGCACAUCAGCGAGGCAUGAAAGAUGUGGCAUACUUCUACUCGCAGCAGGGUAAUUUGCAUACGAAGAAACUGAAAGAAGCCCACAUGAGAGCUUCCCAGAAGCUUCUAGAAUCCAGAAACCAUUUGCUUGAAAAACAGAGCACUCUGGAUCUACAUGGAUUCCAUGUUGGUGAAGCAAUUUCUACCUUGCAGAAUAUUCUAGAGCAGCGAGAGAUAGAGUUCCAACGUCGACCAGAUCGCUACAAGCAAAGCUUGGUGAUUGUGACUGGUAGAGGGCGCCACAGUCAGGGGGGUGUCCCCAAGGUGCGACCUGCAGUUGCAAACUUCCUCAAUAAUGCUAAAUACAGAUACACAGAGGAUCAGGUUGGAAUUUUCAAAGUUCAGCUCCGUUAUAGAUCCACUGUUCAGUGAUUCAACGUGUGGAUCAAGUGAAGCCAUCAGACUAUUAGUAGGAGAGAUACCCACCUGUUGUGAUACCAAGUGACAGUGGAGAAACUCCUGUCUUCAUCUUACAUGACACUAGAUUCACUGGAUUCACACCGACACCUUUACGGUUAUUAGUACAGGAACAAUUGUUUUUAUGUUGUCAAGAGAGAGUAAUAACAAGUGUCAAAUUAGUUUCAUAAAUUUUAUAGGGGAGGUUCGGCUAUUUGCGGACACUUUUGGCAUUCACUAUAUCUAUUGCUUUAUAACCACAUGGUUGAAACUUAUUUAUAUUCUGUCAGUUGAGAGCAAGAAAGGUGUCAACUGCUAUUAAAACAGAUUUGCAGGUGGAACAUUCUUGCUCUCAAACUGGUUUUCUCUUCUUGCUCUCAAACUGGUUUUCUCUUCUUGCUCUCAAACUGGUUUUCUCUUCUUGCUCUCAAACUGGUUUUCUCUUCUUGCUCUCAACCAUUCUCUCUUGAAGACCUUUAUUUGUCACUCAACAUUUGAUGUGUAUUUUUGUGCUGGGGUGUCGUUAAACAUUAUUCAUUCAUUCUCACUCUCUCUUCAUGUGUAUUAAUGUCAGCGAUUGGUUAAACGUUUUGGGGUUUUUAAUUUAAAGGAAAGCAAGGAUAGCUUAUUAAAGGAAUUGUAGAAAGUUGCUGGAGGGGGGGGGGGUGGGUGGGGGGGGGAGAUACUGUUAUGAGGGACCAUGUAUCAGUGUUCCUCUGGGAACUGGUCUAGCAGAUGGUGGUGCUUCUCUCGGAAUAGGCAACCUGGGCGUGUUGCUAGUCAUUCCUGGAGGUACGAAUGCAAACAGAGGUGGGACCGAUGGAAUUCGUUACCUGGGGAAUAAUGGAACUUUUGGCAUAGAUGUGGGGGGGAAGGUAAGUGUCCAAGCCACCCCUUCUCUAUGGAUGCUUAUGAGUUGUCUUUUUUUUUAUCGGUACAUCGAUAGUGAACACAUCUUUCUGUAUUAUUAUCCUUUGUCACGGAAUCCUGGCCAAAGUCGAUAGUUCCUUAGCAUCACAGAUCACUGCUUUACACAGCUGCUAAUGUUUUGGAUUUGAUAACUGUGCUCUCGCCACUGACAAGUGGAAGAAUUAGGCCAACCAUGGUAAGCCCUCCUAGGGAUGCCCGUCACAAACCCAUGCAGGUGAUGUUGGUAACAACAACCAGAAAGCCGGCAUCCGUCAGCAGUGGCAUGUACGGCUCCCCGAAUCACAUGGAACAGGAACCGUGAAGCCACAUCUCAAGUUGGUUCUGACAAGGUGGGAAGACGUACCACCAGGGAUGCAGGUGUUAGGUAACCUCCCAACGUAUUGUAACAACACAGUAUGGGUGCAUCCGUCAAAACACUGAACUAAACAAAUCCCCGAAUGUUUUCAGACUAGUACACCAAAGAAGUGUUAGUUCAGUUAGGAAACAUAUAGCCAAGUGCAGUGCAAGGCAAAUGUUACCCAGACAAAAGUUCCAGCACCAGUGCAUGUUAAAAGUGCAAAGUCUUAGCAAGUCCUCACCUGUUGAAACGAUAGACAUCUCUGUGUGCAGUCUAUAAGUCAACAGUAGUUCAGCAACGACGAGAACGGCUAGUAUUCACCAAAUCUGCGCAGCCACCACAGGACCCAGAUGAUGGAAGCCCUCAACAUCCUCCGUGGAGACAUCCCGCAAGUAGUAGUUCGCGAAAAUAGAAUCCGUCGCCCAAAAACAACCAGUAUGUGCUGAAUGGGUGUGUUACAUGGUGGCGGCCAGUGCAUGCAAUUCAUGCGGAUUGGAAGCUGAAGGUGCAGGCAAACCUUCCUUCUGGUAUGCAGACAGGAUCGUAGACUGGAUCCACGUAGAUACCAUAUUCUUGGUAAUGUCUUUUAGGUGACUUUGGUGACAGGAAAGGAACAACCUGGAACGGCAUUGACAGAACGAGCGAGUCCUCUCGAUGUAAUAAUGCAAAGCUCUCACCGAACAUAAGGAUAAGUCUUCCACAUCGUCCGGGCCCCACAAUGGACGAUAAGGCUUGUACCACGUAGGAACGAGGAGCUUGAUCGGGCAGCUGAUUCUUAGCCACAAAGUUCAUAAGGAGACCCAAGGUAACGGAACUUCAGUCACGGUGAAACCAGAUCAGGUCCACAUCUAGGGCAUGAAUCUCGGAAACCCGUGCAGCUGUAGCGAAACCCAACAAGAAGACAGUCUUCCGAGUUAAUGCCUCUAGGGAUGACUGUUCGAUAGUUUCAUAUGGUGCUUAUGUCAAAGACCAUAAAACCAGAUUCAAGUUCUACUUCAGUGGAUGAAAGCGAUGGACUUGAUCUUCUAGCUUAAAUCCCUUGAUCAUCUUAUGUAUCUCAGGGAUGGUAGAUAGCUUCGUAGUAGUGGCUGGAUCACGAACCGUAGCAAUCACAGACACGUACCCUGCAAUUGUCGACCCCUUGAGCUUCAACGACAUACGAAGAUACAUCAGGAAGUUAGCAAGUCGAGGCACUGGAAUAGACUGAGGUCAUAGUUUCUGCCAGAUACACCAUCGGUGGAAACACAGCCAUCUGAUACUCAUUUCAGACAUGCCCACCCCAAAAUAAUUUGUGUUGUUGUUCCUUUACAGGGCAAAUGUGUACCUUUUAAAAAUAAGGUGUACUUUAGUCCCUACCCCCCCCCCCUCCCCUAAACAAAUUUAAUAAUAAUAAUAAUAAUAAUAAAUGGAAUCAGACAAUUUCAGAUUGUAAUUUUAAUACUUUUGAAAAAAAUUUAAAAGUGAUAUUGGAAUAGAAAGUAGUAUUAACAUUUCACCUGUGUGUCAGAACUAUCUGUAAAUCACUCAUAAUUAUUUCAGGUUUUUGAGUUUUUCAAGUUUGUAUAAUUUAUAAGUCUGUUAUUAAUACGAAAGUUAUUUAAUGAACUGGCUCUUGAAAUACAAAAAAUAAAUAAAUAAAAUUCCUGUACAAAAGAACACUUUAGCAUUAAGUUGGUUCCGUCUUUUUUCUUCUUUUUACAAGGAACUAUUAUAAGCAGAUUUCAGCUUGGCAAAGACUUUCUUGGUAUAGCUGGUGUGAUGAUUUUGUCAGAAUAUUAUGUUCACAAUUACUCAAACCUCCCCAACAAUAGACCUACUGGUGUGAUGAUUUUAUCAGAAUGUGAUGUUCACAAUUACUCAAACCUCCCCUAGAAUAGACCUGCUGAUGUGAUGAUUUUAUCAGAAAGUGAUGUUCACAGUUACUCAAACCUCCCCUACAAUAGACCUGCUGGUGUGAUGAUUUUAUCAGAAUGUGAUGUUCACAGUUACUCAAACCUCCCCUACAAUAGACCUGCUGGUGUGAUGAUUUUGUCAGAAUGUGAUGUUUACAGUUAAUCAAACCUCCCCUACAAUAGACCUGCUGGUGUGAUGAUUUUGUCAGAAUGUGAUGUUUACAGUUAAUCAAACCUCCCCUACAAUAGACCUGCUGGUGUGAUGAUUUUGUCAGAAUGUGAUGUUUACAGUUAAUCAAACCUCCCCUACAAUAGACCUGCUGGUGUGAUGAUUUUGUCAGAAUGUGAUGUUUACAGUUAAUCAAACCUCCCCUACAAUAGACCUGCUGGUGUGAUGAUUUUGUCAGAAUAUUAUGUUCACAAUUACUCAAACCUCCCCUAGAAUCUGCUGGUGUGAUGAUUUUAUCAGAAUGUGAUGUUCACAGUUAAUCACACCUCCCCUAGAAUAGAUCUGCUGGUGUGAUGAUUUUGACAGAAUAUCAUAUUCACAGUUACUCACACCUCCCCUAGAAUAGACCUUGCUGGUGUGAAGAUUUUAUCAGAAUGUGAUGUUCACAGUUACUCACACCUCCCCUACAAUAGACCUGCUGGUGUGAUGAUUUUGUCAGAAUGUGAUGUUCACAGUUAAUCAAACCUCCCCUACAAUAGACCUGCUGGUGUGAUGAUUUUGUCAGAAUAUUAUGUUCACAAUUACUCAAACCUCCCCUAGAAUAGACCUGCUGGUGUGAUGAUUUUGUCAGAAUAUUAUGUUCACAAUUACUCAAACCUCCCCUAGAAUCUGCUGGUGUGAUGAUUUUAUCAGAAUGUGAUGUUCACAGUUAAUCACACCUCCCCUAGAAUAGAUCUGCUGGUGUGAUGAUUUUGACAGAAUAUCAUAUUCACAGUUACUCACACCUCCCCUAGAAUAGACCUUGCUGGUGUGAAGAUUUUAUCAGAAUGUGAUGUUCACAGUUACUCACACCUCCCCUAGAAUAGACCUUGCUGGUGUGAAGAUUUUAUUAGAAUGUGAUGUUCACAGUUACUCAAACCUCCCCUACAAUAGACCUACUGGUGUGAUGAUUUUGUCAGAAUGUGAUGUUCACAGUUACUCAAACCUCCCCUACAAUAGACCUACUGGUGUGAUGAUUUUGUCAGAAUAUUAUGUUCACAGUUACUCAAAACUCCCCUACAAUAGACCUGUUGGUGUGAUGAUUUUGACAGAAUGUGAUGUUCACAGUUACUCAAACCUCCCCUACAAUAGACCUACUGGUGUGAUGAUUUUGACAGAAUGUCAUGUUCGCAGUUACUUAAACCUCCCCUAGAAUAGACCUGCUGGUAUGACGAUUUUGACAGAAUUUUAUGUUUGCAGUUACUCAAACCUCCCCUAGAAUAGACCUGUUGGUGUGAUGAUUUUAUCAGAAUGUGAUGUUCGCAGUUACUCAAACCUCCCCUAGAAUAGAUCUUGCUGGUGUGACGAUUUUGUCAGAAUGUGAAUGAUUAAAAAAAAAUGGCAAAUGUUUUUUAAUGUAACCCUUCAGACAGCUGUAACUUAUAUUAAAUUCACCAGAUCAUGCACAUUGUCAUAUAAAGACAUGGCAUAAAGUCAUCGUUUUUUAUGUGAUGUUUAACGCACCAUUUAUUUUUAACCAACCUUUGAUAUGCACUUGUAAGAAGCUGGGGGGAAAAACCCACUUCUUAGAAAUACUGGUAUUGUAAUUUAUGCACUGUAUGAUUUUUUAUUAUCAUUGUGAGAUAUAUAUAUGCUAGGAAUGACUAGCAGAAAGUACUUAUGCAACUAGUCGGUAACAUAAUUUACAUACUCAUAUUGAGAUUAUAUUUGUAUUUUAUUGCUGCUGGCAACCGUAUAAAUUUGUUAUUUGUUUUGAAUCAGUUGUGCCUUUAGCUCACUAGCAGACGACAACAGCAUAUAAUGAACCUAGUGUUAGUUUUGUUUGUACUAGUGGAGCAUGCAUGUGGAGAGUGAGUGAGUGUUUUUGUGAGAUACAUAUAUGUAUAUUAAGGGUAGGCCUACUUAGUCUUGUAAAUGUUUUAAAAUGUUUACAAUAUGUCUGGUUGAAACAUAGUUUUAGAGCUGGGCGGUAUAUUGUAUAUACUGUUCGGUAUUGGUAUCAUAUCAAGACCGAUUUACAAUACUGAGUAAAUCUCAAAAUACCCUAAUUUUGGUAUUGAAAAUGUUUUCCUCGCCUUUUAGUAAAGCACUAAAAAUAUAUCCAACGAUAGCAAAUUGGCCGAAAAGAAGACCGGAUGGGCAUUGUUUUUCCUCAGAAUCGACAGUAAAACAGAUGAGUCUUAACUGGGGCAUGCAUUUAAAGCCGAGUAUAAAAAUAAAUACUGUUCGAUAUGUGUAUAUCGGUAUUGUGUCAAUACCGUACCAAUACCGAGGUAAAUCGGCCCAAAAAAUAUGAUCCUGGAAUUUCAAUACCACUCAGUUCUGCUUAGUUUCUUGCUUAGAAUGAUAAUUUGUGUACUUUGAUGUCUUGUUAAAAGUACAUAGAUGCUCACGAAAAUAAGAGCUUUUGCAAUUGCAUCAUUACCGUUACGAAUAAUCAUACUGGGCCGAAUUUACAAAGCCUCUUUAUGUCUUACAUUUGGGCAACUACAUGUAUGUAUAUUUACAAUGCUUUAACACCUGUGGUUAAGAAAAACGGGCUACAUAACGGUACUGAUCGUUAGCUAGUUUCGCAGAUGGGCAUGGUUAGUCACUAGGGAUGGCAGCGUUCUCAGAAGUGUUUUUAUUUAUUUUUUUAUUUUUAUUAUAUAUUAGCCCCGGAAUCUGUUACAUGUAGCAUACCUUCUAAUCGUAAAGAGUGGAAAGUAAAUUAUUGUGAUGAUCUAUCACUAUUCGUAACAGUAAACAGUGGCAGAUCUAAGGGGUCCCACUCCACCUCCCCCAAAUUUUGGAGGGAACAAUUAUAUAUAUAUAUAUAUAUAUAUAUAUAUACCGGUAUACACACACACAUAUAUAUAUACACAUAUAUAUAUAUAUAUUUUUUUAUUAUUAUUAUUUCAGUUGGAGAACUUUUGUGCCUCACAGUGUUAUAAUAGGGCCAAAAAGCUACCUUUAUAUGGGGUAACGUACCAUUAAAAAUGGGCAUUAAUUUUAUUUACUGUUUAAAUAUGAUUAUGAAAAUCCAUCAUAUGCGAUUAUGUGGGAUAAAAACGUUCAUGCAAGGUGGUGAAAAUUUUAACCUGGGUCGAGGCUUGCCAUGUUCCAGGAUCGAAAUAUCCAACAUCCAGGGUGUACCUUUUCUAUCCCUACAUGACUGCAUAGUAUGGAUUCUUUUUCUCUCAACCAUUCGGUAAAUAAACCAUUAUUCUAUUAUUUUACUAUUAUUUUAUGUAUUAUAAAGAUGGCCAAAAAAGUGACUUUUUAUUAUAAAUACAGUGAAACCCCUCUAAACCAGACAUCCACGAGACCACGUUUUUUGUCCAAGUGUUCAGGGGUUUAUAUUGACACAAAAGCUUUUGUUGUACUCGUCGUUUGUUUCCGCUGGUGUCCUAUUCAUAUUCAGCCUUAUAUAUAUCUAUUGGAGAUUUAUUCAACAGGUAAUGUUCCAAUAAAGAAACUUUGACUUAAGAUAUUUUAAUGUUUGCUUAUAUACUUUUAAUGAUUGUAGGUUUAUCAUCGAGUAACAAUUCAAUAUGGCAACAUUUAGCUGGACGUUCAAUGUUGAAAAUCAAUAUGGUAAUGACAUGCUACUGACAUCUUUUUGACACCGCAAAGCUAACAUUACUUUUGCCUGCUCUUUAUUUUGCUAAAUAAAUGGUUUUAGAAUAAAAUCAAAGGAAGACAUUAGAUUGUUUUGUUGAUCUUUGAAGCAAACUAUAAACAUGUUUGUGAAGAAUAUCAAAGCGACCAGUUGAUCUUUAAUUUUCCGGUUUUCAGAGGUACAAUUUGCACCAAAUAAAGAGUUAGGGACUGAAUUCGUCCAGUGUUCAGUUUAGAGAGGUUUCCGGUUUAGAGAGGUAAAUGUUAGUGUUAAAAGAUGUGUAAAUCACGGGACUGUGGAAAAUGUCCGGUUAAGAGAGGGUCUGGUCUUGAGGGGUUUCACUGUACUGCUAUAUCAUAUUUACUGCAUUUGUUUUAUGUGUUAAAUAAAGUUUUAAUACUACAAAUUAACAAACGUAACUUUUACAAUGUAGAUUUUAAUAACAAAAUAUCAGUUAUUGGUAUCCGAUGACCACAGCAGCAAUUCUCAUUAAUAUGAUAUAAUGUAUUUGCAGUGAUGUGGUACUACAACAAGUGUGAACAGUAUCAAAAUUUACAAAUAAAUUUGUUUUCCCCCCCCCCCCCCCCCUCUUCUUGUUCGAUUGCAGGAUAAAGGUUGGGGUUUUUUGUUUUUGUAUUGUUUUUGUUUUUCUGAUAAAAGAUACCGGUUUUAUUCUGCUCAAGCCCAAUGAUGCGUUUCGCCUAUAAACAGCGUUAAAAGAGCCAUGAGAUGGCUUAUGAAAUACAGAAAUAGCCGUUUUUCAUGAGAUAGAUCGGUCUUUUUAUACCGAAGGAUGAGAGAAAUUGUGAUUAUGCAGCUGUGAAAUGUUCUUUGUAUUUUUAUUACAUUAUAUAUAUAUUUUGUACAACAAAUAUCUUUUUUAAGCUAUUAAUAUAUAUGAAUAAUUUCUUAUGUUGAUUAUUCCCAAAGAAAUAAAAUUAUUUAUUUAAAUA